AGGAGGUCGUGGUCAAGCUUGAGUUCUCCGAGGGCGUUCCCUUCAGGCAGAGAUUCAAGGACCCCUCUGGGCCCUCGCUAGCAUGGGCCGGGACCCCAGCAAGGCGGAUGAGCAGACGGCCAUCGGCCGCUGCACUCUGGAGCUGGGCCGCAACCGCCUGGAGGACGUGGACGUGGGCUACGUGGUGGACUGGGCGCUCAACUGCGACGCGUUCCCGACGAAGCUGUCCCUGCAGCACAACAGGCUCGGCCAGGCCGCCGCCGAGUCGCUGAACCGGCUGUUCGCGCGGGGUCCAGAGGGGGGGCCACCGAUCCAGGAGCUGCACCUGUCCGACAACAGGCUCGACCAGGAGUCCAUCAGCGACCUCCUCCAGACCGUGCGGAGCAGCAGCAUCUACCCGUACGACGGCGAGAGAGGCCCAACGCCCCUGUGGUGCCGGCUGGAGAACAACGUCGGCGAUGCCAAGCUAAAGGAGCUGAUGCGCAGCGUCCCCGGGGCCUGCACGCUGCCGCCCGGCUGCAAGGCGAAGGCCUGCGGGUGCUCCUUCCGCGGCGGCGCGCGGUGUUUCGUGCAGGCGCCCGCGGGGGCGGACCCGCGGGCUCGCUCGCCAGGCGCCGCGCCUCCGCCCUCAGGCAGACGCCCGCGCACGCCGCCGAGGGGUGGCCCCAAGCAGGGCGCGCCCCCGCGCACGGCGCCCCUGGGCGCGGCGCGAGUGGUGGCAGCCCCGCCCAAGGGCGCGCCGCCGCGGCCGGCGACGCCCAGGCAGCCGCUGGCGGAGCCU